AUGACAGAUGAGUUUCUGUUUCAAGACAAUAAGAACCAUACUGUUUGUAUAAAUCCAACAAAAGGAACUUUAAACGAGAAACCUAUAAAUGAACUUCUUUUGAAAGCAGAUGUUGGCAACAAAGCUGACAAAGAAUAUGUAGACGAUGCAAUAGCAAAAGAAGAAGAAAGAGCUAACAAAGCUUAUGCAACAAAAGAACAUACUCAUCCUGAACUAGCAGACAAAACAUAUGUUGACAAUAAAAUGUCAAGUGAAGUGACAAGAGCUGAAAACGAAUAUUCUAAAAAGACUCAUACACAUACCAUUGCAAAUAUUACAAACUUACAAGAAACCUUAAACAGUAAAAGUGCCGUUGGACAUACACAUACCAUUGCAAAUAUUACAAACUUACAAGAAACCUUAAACAGUAAAAGUGCCGUUGGACAUACACAUUCUAUAUCUGAAAUAACAGACUUAAACGUUAGCCUUGAAAAGAAAGCAGACAAGAACCAUACACAUACAAGUUUCACAACUGUUGGUAUAGAAAGUAUUGAAGGAACGGUUGAAGAACCUGAUGGGGAUGUAUUAUAUUGGAAACCUCCUAACUUUCCACAAGGUUUAACAUCGGAUGACGACAUAACGACGAUGAAAAACAUUAGAUGUAAAGAUGUUUAUGUCAUGAAGGAUGAAAAUAACGUUAAAUUCACUGCUCAAGAUUUAUAUGACAAGAAAGCAGACAAAACAGAGCUUCAAACAUUAAAGACGGAAAUACUUCAAACAUUAUAUCCUAUAGGCUCUAUUUAUACGUCAAUGAACUCUACCAGACCAGAAACAGUUCUGGGUUUUGGAACUUGGACUCAAAUAGUCGACAGGUUUUUGUAUUGUGCAAACUCUUCAAAGGAAACAGGUGGAAGUAAAACGAUUUCAGGUGAAAACUUACCUGCGCACAGUCACUACAUAGAUUUAAGUACAUCUCAAGCAGGUUGGCAUAGUCAUAG